UCGAGACCCGCCUCCUGGCUCGCCUCUAGCCCCUGAGCCCUGGGCGGGGUGUGUUCGCCGGGUAACCUGUGUUCGACGAGGGCCGACAGCACCCUGUGCGCUCCGCCAUGGAGGCCUUCCUGCAGGGUUGUCGAGCUGCUCUGCAGGAGUCCCGGCCUCUACAUGUUGUAUUGGGAAAUGAAGCCUGUGACUUGGACUCCAUGGUAUCUGCUCUCGCCCUGGCAUUUUACAUGACAAAGACAACUGAAGCUGAGGAAAUCUUUAUACCAGUUUUAAAUAUAAAACGUUCUGAGCUACCUCUGCGAGGCGACAACAUCUUCUUUCUUCAGAAGGUUCACAUUCCCGAGACAGUCUUGAUUUUUCGGGAUGAGAUUGACCUCCAUGCUUUGCAUCAGGCGGGCCACCUCACCCUCAUCCUUGUUGACCAUCAUGUCUUACCCAAGAGUGACAGAGCUCUGGAGGAGGCAGUAGCAGAGGUGCUAGACCAUCGACCCAUCGAUCAGAAACACUGCCCUCCCUGUCAUGUUUCAGUGGAACUCGUGGGAUCCUGUGCCACCCUAGUGACUGAGAGAAUCCUGCAGGGGGCACCAGAGGUCUUGGACAGGCAAACUGCAGCCCUUCUGCAUGGAACCAUCAUCCUGGACUGUGUAAAUAUGGAUCCUAAAAUUGGAAAGGCAACUCUAAAGGAUAAACAAUAUGUGGAAAAGCUGGAGGCUCUCUUCCCAGAUCUGCCGAAGAGAGAGGAUAUCUUUGAAUCCUUACAGAAAGCAAAGUUUGAUGUCUCAGGACUGACCACUGAGCAAAUGCUCAGAAAGGACCAGAAGACCAUUUAUAGACAAGGCACCAAAGUGGCCAUUAGUGCAGUAUACAUGGAUUUGGAGAUCUGUGGAGUCCUGGAACGCUCCCACUCCCCAGCCCUGAAGUUGACCUCUAUGCCAAGCAUCCACCCUGACCUCCAAGCCUAUCUUCAAGGCAACACACAGGUCUCUCGAAAGAAACUUCUGCCUUUGCUCCAAGAAGCCCUCUCAGCAUAUUUUGACUCCAUGAAGAUCCCUUCAGGGCAGCCCGAGACAGCACACAUGUCCAGAGAACAGGUGGACAAGGAAUCGGACAGGGCAACUAACACCCUGAUUUCUGGACUGAGUCAAGAUGAAGAUGACCCUCCACUGCCCCCCACGCCCAUGAACAGCUUGGUGGAUGAGUGCCCUCUGGACCAGGGGCUGCCCAAGCUCUCAGCAGAGGCCGUCUUCGAGAAGUGCAGUCAGAUCUCGCUGUCGCAGUCUGCCAAUGCCUCUCCAUCAAACAAGUGACUCUGGGGAGAGAAGGGCUAGGAAGAGUAGGGGAGGUGGCUUAGUCACCUCUAGUGCAUGUUUUGAAAUGUUUGGCGAGUUCAGCGAUCGUGUCUUUUAUUGCUCCAGGAUCUAGUGUACUGUUCUCAUAAAACUGUGAGGAGAAAGAAGGGAAGGAAAGCAGCUGCUUUUAAGAAUGGCUUUCUGCCUUUUCCCUCCAAUCUCUUAUCAAAUCAGAUUUUAUUAUUUAAUUUUAUUAUUAUUUAAAUCUGCACUGAUUUUCCAGGGAUACAUUAUAAUAUUACUCAGUGUCCUAGCAGAGGGGACAAAAAGAAUGUAGACCCCAAAAGUGCCCUGAGUAAGGAUUGUAAACAGAAUCAGUAUCUGUCACAGAAUUCAAUGUUUGUUGCUGGUCUCCGUUAAUGCAGUUAUUCAUUUUUUUCAUUCAAGUCUUCAUUGAAUAUCUACUUUGAACCAAAAGGAGUAUGUUUUAGAAACUCUUCUUCCAGUUUUCAGCCUUCACUAGAUUUUGAACUCUCUCUCUUCUUUUGGCUUCAGUUAGAUGAUGGUGUUUGAUUCAAAGAUUUGAACUCUGUCUUCUGAGCUUAUUGUAAGUAUUUCAUGUUUUACUUGGAGCAAAUUGGAGUCCAUUAUCUUCUUUCUUGACCUCUUUU